UGUGUGUACUUUUGGUUGUACAAGUUUCCCGAUUUCUGAAGUCGCAAAAUCGAUUAAUUUGGUGUUACAGCCAAAAUGAAGUAAACAAACGAUCCAUUGAAAUCAGCAGUGUUAACAUGCCCCUCCCAUGAAAUUAAUCGAGUAAAUGGAACUUCAAAUGUGCUUCGACUGUCUUCAACGUCAACUUCGAACCGAUUUCUCUGACAAACUCCUUCUCAAUUAUGCCAUUGCCGCUUCCGCCCUUCCAUUCGGCUCCGACGCCGUUGUGCAGGUUCUAAAUUCUGAUGGGGAGGUUUCACCUCACUUCAUAUUGAUGUAUUUGCCGAUUAAUCAAGAUGAUUGCUUCACCAAUUACAUUAACGAGCAUUGUCCAGAAAAGCCAACUGGAAAUGACUAUAAAGCAAAGGAUAACACGCCUUUAUCAAUUCUACCUCAAGAUCAAAACGAGGUUACCACUGGGAAUCUUCAUGAUAAACCAAAUGAAGCUCUGUUUUUGGCAGACAGUGGGGGAAAAACAUCCUUACCUGGAUUAGAAUGCAACAGUUCAACCUGCUACUUCUCAACAAGGUUUUCUUGCUUGAGGACACUUACAGCCUUGGUUCCAGUCUCUCAAAUUGGGCCUAUAUCAUUUCCUUCUUUAGAGAAUCUAGCUUCAAAUUUCUCAUCUGGGAUUACAGAAGAUCAUUUACUUCACUCACUUACUCUUCUGAUACAAGGAAAACCAACAGGAAGAGAUAGCAUUAACUUUCUUGAUUUAAUUGGGACACCCUCAUUUACAGAAACCACCUUUCCUGGAUGCAUAAGACACCCAAACAUAGUACCAAUAUUGAGCAUAAUGAAAUCAUCCACCCAUAUCAGCUUAAUACUACCAAAAACUCCUUACACCUUGGAAAACAUUCUUCACUACAGCCCUGAUGCCUUAAAGUCAAACUGGCAUAUCAAGUUCUUGAUGUAUCAACUACUCUCUCCCUUGAGAUACAUGCACGGAUUAGGGAUUGCCCAUGGUAGCAUAUCUCCAUCAAACGUAUUGCUAACCGAUUCGUUAUGGUGUUGGCUUCAUAUUGGUGAUACCCUACAAUCAAACUCCAACUUAUCCAGAAGUAAGAUUGGUUGUUGCACUGACACCUGUCAGUCAAGUAAAGUCUAUGCUGAUUUGAAGCUAACAGAUUGGCAUACUGGUUUUAUUCGUUGGUGGAGUGGAGAAAUGAGUAACUUUGACUAUCUCCUGUUGUUAAACAGAAUAGCUGGUAGGAGAUGGGGUGAUCAUACUUUCCAUACUGUUAUGCCAUGGGUUAUUGACUUUAGUGUAAAACCUGAUGAAAAUAACGACAUGGGUUGGCGAAAUUUAAGUAAAAGUAAAUGGCGUUUGGCAAAAGGUGAUGAACAGUUGGACUUUACAUACUUAACGUCAGAAAUCCCACAUCAUGUUUCAGAUGAAUGCCUCUCAGAACUUGCUGUUUGUAGUUACAAAGCAAGAAGGUUGCCUUUAAGUGUUUUGCGUACAGCUGUCCGUUCAGUCUAUGAACCAAAUGAAUACCCCUCUACAAUGCACAGGCUUUAUCAAUGGACCCCAGAUGAAUGCAUUCCUGAAUUUUAUCAAGAUCCACAGAUUUUCCGUUCUAUACAUUCUGGAAUGUCUGAUCUGGCAGUACCUUCAUGGGCUGGUGGGCCCGAGGAGUUUAUUAAAUUGCAUCGAGAGGCUUUGGAAAGUGAUCGUGUAUCAACUCAGAUUCAUCAUUGGAUAGAUAUUAUCUUUGGCCACAAAAUGUCAGGGGAAGCAGCCAUUUCCGCAAAAAAUGUCAUGUUGCCCCCUUCAGAACCUACAAAUGCCAGGUCAGCAGGGCGGCGCCAGCUCUUCAGUAUACCCCAUCCACCUCGUUGGUGUGUUAUAAAGAAGACUAGUCAACAUAACAGUGAGAAGAAUCUGCUUCUUGAUACAUUUAACUUGCAAGCAUUAGAGGAAGCAGCUACAUUCAUUGAACAUGCUUCCCAUUUAAGUCCUAUCUACAGAAAUGAUCUUGUAAAGGACAAUUUAGAAGAAGUUGGAUCUGACACAUUUAUAAAUGGGAGAGACUCGAAAUUGGCAUCAGUUAUUGAUAUAAAUUUCCUUCUUCAGACGAUUGAGACAGAUGAUAGUACUUCAGGGUACCAAGAUUUCCUUCUGUGGAGACAAAAACUAUCUUCUUCAACAAAUCUUUCUGUAGAUAUUGCAAAUGAUGUAUUCUCAACUGGUUGUAUUUUAGCAGAACUACAUUUGAAAAAGCCACUUUUUAAUCCAACUUCAUUAGCACAGUACUUACUUAGUGGUGUUCUGCCUAAAUUGAUGCAAGAACUGCCCCCUCAAGUGAACAUUAUUGUUGAAGCAUGCAUUCAGAAGGACUGGAAGAGGAGACCUUCUAUCAAGUCUCUUCUGGAAUCUCCCUAUUUCCCAUCAACAGUGAGGUCAUCAUACCUGUUUCUAGCCCCACUUCAACUUUUAGCAAAAGCUGGAUCACGACUCCAUUAUCUUGCAAGUUAUGCAAAAUCUGGAGCUUUGAAAUCAAUGGGAAGUUUUGCAGCUGAAAUGUGUGCGCCCCACUGCCUACCUCUUUUACUCACACCUUUAACUGACACAGAAGCAGAAUGCGCGCAUAUAAUGCUGAAAGAAUUCUUGAGGUGUCUGAAUUUGGUAUCCGUGAAGACACUUAUCUUGCCUGUGAUCCAGAAAAUUCUGCAGACGACAGGCUAUUCACAUAUGAAGGUCUCUCUUCUUCAAGACUCAUUUGUACGUGAGUUAUGGAGCAAGAUUGGUAAACAGAUGUAUUUAGAGUUUAUACAUUCUGUGGUUUUAUCAAAUUUAUAUGUUUCUCCUCAUAAGAGUUCAUCUGGGGCUGCCUCUGUGCUUUUGAUUGGCUCGAGUGAAGAGCUUGGUGUUCCAGUUACUGUUCAUCAGACAAUAUUGCCCCUGAUUCACUGCUUCGGAAAGGGUCUUUGCAGUGAUGGAAUUGAUGUCAUUGUUAGAAUUGGUGGUCUUUUUGGGGAGACUUUCAUUGUUAAACAGAUUCUUCCAUUAUUGAAAAACGUUAUACGCUCAUGUAUGGAUGUCUGUAAUGUGAGUAGGCCUGAACCUAUGCAAAGUUGGAGUGCAUUGGCCCUUAUGGAUUGUCUGAUGACAUUAGAUGGAAUAAUGGAAUUAUUGCCAAAUGAGGUGGUUGUCAAAGAGCUAAUCGAGGAUGGAGGUUGCCUCUAUAUUCAGCUUCUCAUGAUACCCAAUUUGGGAAUCCCUGCACUUCAGGUGGCUGCUACAAGUCUUGUUACAGUUUCCCAACAGAUUGGACCAGAAUUAACAGCAACGUAUGUGAUGCCAAAACUUAAAGAACUCUUCGAAAGACUCGCCUUCUCUGAGGAAACUCGCAGUGGAAGCCAGAAAGUUUGUAAAAUUAGAAUCGAGGAAGAGCAGACACAAAACAGAAUGGAUCUUGUGUUGCUUCUGUAUCCACCUUUUGCUUCACUUCUUGGGAUAGAGACACUUCGUAAGUGUUGUACCACAUGGUUGAUUCUUGAACAGUUUCUUCUGUGGAAUCAUAAUUGGAAGUGGGAAAACACAGAGGAAAGUUGUCGAGGUGGGAGAAGGGGGAAUCACAAGAAGAAUCCAAUGUCUGAAUACAAUCCUGCUAAAAUGCUGCUUCAUGGAUUCGGAUGGUCAGUCCCCCAGUCACAAGGAGAAAAAGGUCCGAAAAACUCAUCGCCACAUCAUCAUAAGCGGCAGGUGACAUCAGCAUCAGCAUCGGCAAUGUCUAGAGAGCAGGAAGCGUGGGUUUGGUUCCCUAGUCCUGCACCUAGUUGGGAUGGACCUGAUUUUGUGGGUCGAAUUGGGGCUUCCGAAGGUCCAUGGAAAAUCAGUGCGUCUGUGAUACACUCGAUCCGUGCCCACCAUGGGGCACUUCGUUCAUUUGCUGUUUGCCAAGACGAGUCUACUUUUUUUACGGCUGGAGUUGGUCCGGGGUUCAAGGGAUCUGUCCUCAAGUGGGAUCUAUCGAGAACUGCCUCUUCAUCUGGGUAUCAUGCCCAUGAAGAGGUUGUGAAUGACAUUUGUGCCCUGGCUUCCUCAGAAAGAAUGGCUUCUUGUGAUGGCACAAUUCACAUUUGGAAUAGCCAAUCAGGAAAGGUUAUAUCCGUCAUUGGUGAAACCUCCUCCCUGACAUCUACAUCGAAGAUACAUUCUGAGCAAGCUAAUAUGCUUGAUUUCAGCUCCCUUAGUAAUGGGAUUCUAAGCACUAGUUAUGAUGGGAGUUUAUAUACUUGUAUGCAUCACCUACAAACUCUAAAUAGGCUUGUGGUAGGCACUGGAAACGCUUCUCUCAGAUUCAUUGAUGUUGAACAAGCUCAAAAGCUUCAUUUAUGGAGGAGCGAUUCCGUUGAAUCAAGUUUUCCUUCUUUAAUCUCUUCAGUAUGCUGUUGUGGUUCUUCAAAGAUGCAAUCUAAUGGAGCAUCUUGGAUUGCAGCUGGAUUAAGUUCUGGUCACUGCAGGUUGCUUGAUAUUAGGAGUGGAAAUCUGAUCAACUCAUGGCAAGCUCAUGAUGGAUAUGUCACAAAGAUAGCUUCUCCGGAGGACCACUUGCUUGUUUCUAGCUCACUUGACAAGACUUUGCGAGUUUGGGACCUCAGAAAGAAUUUGGCAUCACCUCUGAUUCUAUUCGGAGGCCACAGUGAUGGUGUAUCUGGUUUUUCUGUCUGGGGACAAGAUGUUAUUUCAAUAUCCAGAACUAAGAUCGGACUUUCUUCCUUAUCUCAACAGGACGGGCAACAUCGGAUUACGCCACAAUACCUGUAUAUGGCGGACCGUGAAUCGAGGAACAUGUCAGUGCUGUCCAAUAUAACCAUUUUUCCGUUUUCACGCCUUUUCUUAGUGGGGACUGAAGAUGGUUAUUUAAAAGUUUGUUGUUAAAUACUUACAUUUUUUUUUGUUUCUUUAUUUUUGUAUAUCCUGUGUUUCACCUUCGUUUAAAUUACUUUACUCAUUAGAAUUGCAUUUAAAGACGCAUUUUUUUACUAGCAAAA